AUGGCAUUCUCCACCCGCAGCACCCAGUGGAGUACGAGCAGCCGUGUCCUGUCCUCUGCACCCAGUAUCAGCGGUCUGACCUCCAGGAAAAUGUCCAUCCAGAAGAUCCAGGCACCCAGUGUCUAUGGGGGGGCUGGGGGCUAUGGCACCCACAUAUCAACCAGCACCAGCUCUGGCCAAGGCCUCGGAGGGAGCCUCCAGCUCAGCAUCACUGGGAGCGAUGUUCUGCUUGCUGGCAACGAGAAAUCCACGAUGCAGAACCUGAACGACCGCUUGGCUGCCUACCUGGAGAGGGUGCGCUCACUGGAGAAGUCAAACUCGCUGAUUGAGAAGCAGAUCAGGGAAUGGUAUGAAAAGAACACCGUAAGUGUAGGGCAGGACUACAGCUCCUACUUCAAAACAAUUGAUGAACUCCGAAAUAAGAUUUCUGCUGCCCAGAUGGAAAAUUCCAGACUUGUCCUGCAGAUCGACAAUGCCAAGCUGGCUGCUGAUGACUUUAGGCUGAAGUUUGAGAAUGAACACCUGCUCAGGCAGAGCGUGGAGAGCGACAUCACUGGACUGCUCCGUGUCCGUGAUGACCUGACUCUGACCCAAGCUGACCUGGAGUCCCAGAUUGAGAAUAUAACUGAGGAACUUGUUUUCCUGAGGAAGAACCAUGAGGAGGACCGUGACAGGCUGCGCAAAGAGGCGAGCGGCUCUGUGAACGUGGCGGUGGAUGCUGCUCCUGGCAUUGACCUCGCAGCUAUUAUGGAAAACAUGAGAAAGCAGUAUGAAGAAAUGGCAGAAAAGAACCGCCAAGAAGCCAAAGAACAUUUUGAAAAGCAGACAGCAGAACUGAACCAGGAAGUUGCCCUCAAUGUUGAGCGGCUGGAGGUGCAAAGGAAAGAGAUCACGGAACGGAGACAGGUCUGCCAGAACCUGGAGCUGGAAUUACAGUCUCUGCUCAACUUGAAACAGACCCUGGAAGGCUCUCUGGCUGAAACGGAAGCACGGUACAGUCACCAGCUUGACCAGAUACAGGGAGCGAUUUCCAAUCUGGAGGCUCAGCUGAGGCAGGUCCGAGCUGACAUGGAAGCUCAGAACAAUGAGUACAGCAUCCUGCUAGAUGUCAAGACUCGCUUGGAAAUGGAGAUUGCCACGUACCGCAGGCUGCUGGAGGGAGAGGAAACCGGUCUAUUCCAAGGUUUUAGGUCUACAAGUCUUGUACAUUGCAUUAAAUUACUUCUCUUUUCAAUUUCCUCAACAGAAUCAAAUAAGUUUAAGAAGAUCAAGACAAUAGUUGAGGAGGUGGUUGAUGGCAAGAUUGUCUCCUCUGAGGUCAGAGAGAUUGAAGAGAAGAUGUAA